AUAGUUGUGCAACUGCACUCUAGCACAACUGCUAAAAGCAUGAUAAGCCUGUUUGUUUGUUUGUUUCCAAUGAGAUUGCUCAAGUGUAAAUGUGUGUAGUGCAGUUUUAGCAGUUGUGCAACUGGGUGCUCACAAUGUGUCAGUAUGCACAUUGCAUUGCACAGUAUGUAGGCCAUCGUGUCUUUGCCUGUGCACACAUCUCUCUGGUGCUCAAGCAUAUACUCCAAGAGUUUCUGUUUAACAGAGACAAUCCCAAUUUUCUAGCCUCUGUCUCUGGUAUAUCACCAUCCUUCUUUUUGUCUUCUGAAGAUGCUUCCUUAAAAUUAUGUGUUUAGGAGCUGCUACAUUUGGCAUGCAUCAGCUUUCAGCACAUACAUGUAAUUGCACAUGGCUAAACAUUAAUGUGCCUUGUAGUGUACAGUCUGCCAUUUCACAUGCUGGCGAGGAUCAUUUUGAACUGCUGAUGACCUAUUUUAGGAUAAUCAUGUUUUUUCUAGCACAUCUUUAAGAUCUGAGUCCAGAGUUAUGAGGCAACCCCCAAAUGUGGCACACACCUGGUACUUCCAGCCAAAGAGGGAACAGGAGUGCAGGGAGGUAUACUGCCGCCCCAACUGAGCCUUUACUAACAGAGCGCCAGUUGGGGGGGGGAGCAGAGGGAGGGGUAAGUGCACCCUCCCACAACCUUAAAGUUAUCCCACACACACACACACCAUGCCUUCGAACCUUCAAACUGCCCGGUGUUCGUACCUCUUCAAAUGCCCGUAAAAGUGCCUCUGAACAGGUUCAUGCACAUCCCUGUUUUGCAGGGCUCUCCGCCACAGCCCAUCCACAACUUGCAAUAUUAUAAUAAUAGCAAUUGAUUGAAUUUGCAUUUGCAACAACAGAAUUUUUUGUUUUAACAUGUCUACAGCUACAUUAAAGUCUUAGGUUUCUUCUGUCCUCCAGCCCAGAAACUUGUCACUUCCAUCUCAGGGAAGACAACAAAAAUAGACAUCUAUUUUAUCUUAUUUAUUACAUUUAUAUCCUACUCUUCCUCCUAGGAGCCCAUAGUGGUGUACAUGGUUUAUGUUUAUCCUCACAACAGCCCUGUGAGACAGGUUAGGCUGAGAGACAAGUGACUGGCCCAGAGUUGGGCUGCCAGGUGUCCCCCCGGAAUUUAGGGUCGCCCCCCGGAUUUUAUUUUUUAUUUUACAUUUAUUUAUUUUGGCUCCUCCACCUGGCUGCUAAAUUCCACCCGGAUUUACACGGAUUUCAAAUGUGCUGCCCGGAUCGCCCAGAUUUGACUCUGGAUCCGAUCACAUGUGAGGGCAGAGGAGGAGGGGAAAGUAUAAUCGGUCAAAUAGAUAAAUAAAUAAAUAAAAUGCAAACUAGUUGCCACAUACUUUGCAUAAUAUGCAAAUUAGGCCACCCGGAUUUGGGAAGCUUGAAUAUGGCAACCCUAGACCAGAGUCACCCAGUGAGUUUCAUGGCUGAACGGGUGAACAAGUCAGAGUCAGGUCCUUGUCCAUCACCACUACACCAUGCUGGCUCUCAGUGCCAGUAUACGGUAGUAUAGGCAAUAAGUGUGAGUGUGUCACUCUAUAGUAAUUUUAUCUCUAUGUGACAUUUAGACUUUCGGGAGGCAUGUGGGGGGCGGGGAGCAGCUCAAUACCUUCGGCAUCGAUUACACAUCCACGAAGAAUAAAGGGAGAGCUAUUAGAAAUCCGAUAGUCAUUGGGCGAUUUCCCUGUCAAUAUCUGCAUGAAGGAGCCCAUUGGUUGCAAUGGACAUACAUCCUGAAUUACGAGAACAACAAUGUCGUUCCUAUUGGCUUCCUCUCCAGGCUGUCAGGCGGGAGUGCGCGGACUCUCUCUUUCCUAUUGGCUGCUCCGUUCGUGCGGGGCGGGACGUUCCUUUCAGUGCAGGACCAGGCGGUUGCGGGAGGAAGGCGCACCCGUUGGAGCCCCAAAGAAAGAGACAAGAGGAAAGCUCCGUUUUCUCCAGGCACUCUGGUCACCAUGGAGGACGGCAUCUAUGUCCCUCCAGACCUAACGCCUGACGAGAGGCUCGAGUUGGAGAAUAUCCGGCGACGGAAACAAGAGCUUCUGGUGGAAAUCCAGCGGCUGCGAGAUGAGCUCAGCGAAGCCAUGAACGAGGUGGAGGGGCUGGAAGCCAACGAGGGAAGCAAAACUCUGCAGAGAAACCGGAAGAUGGGGAUGGGACGCAAGAAAUUCAACAUGGACCCCAAAAAAGGAAUCCAGUUCCUAGUGGAAAAUGAGCUGCUGCGUUCCACUCCCGAGGACAUCGCCCGUUUCCUCUACAAGGGGGAAGGACUCAACAAGACGGCCAUUGGCGACUACCUGGGCGAGCGGGAGGAGUUCAACAUCGCUGUGCUCCAUGCCUUUGUUGACUUGCAUGAAUUUACGGACCUCAACCUUGUGCAAGCACUCCGGCAGUUUCUCUGGAGUUUCCGAUUGCCAGGAGAAGCCCAGAAGAUUGACCGCAUGAUGGAGGCCUUUGCUCAGCGGUAUUGUCUGUGCAACCCGGGUGUCUUUCAGUCCACAGAUACCUGCUACGUCCUCUCCUUUGCGGUGAUCAUGCUCAAUACCAGCCUCCACAACCCCAACGUCCGUGACAAGCCCACAGUCGAGAGGUUCAUCACCAUGAACCGCGGCAUCAAUGAUGGGGGUGACCUGCCUGAAGAACUGCUGCGGAACCUGUACGACAGCAUCCGUAACGAGCCCUUCAAGAUCCCUGAAGAUGAUGGGAACGACCUGACACACACUUUCUUUAACCCCGACCGCGAGGGCUGGCUCCUCAAGCUGGGAGGGCGAGUGAAGACAUGGAAGAGACGCUGGUUCAUCUUGACUGACAACUGCCUCUAUUACUUUGAAUAUACAACAGAUAAGGAGCCCAGAGGAAUCAUCCCACUGGAGAAUCUGAGCAUCCGGGAAGUUGAAGACCCACGAAAAACAAACUGUUUUGAGCUCUACAUUCCCAACAACAAGGGCCAGCUAAUCAAAGCCUGCAAGACUGAGGCAGACGGGCGCGUGGUUGAGGGGAACCACAUGGUCUACCGCAUCUCAGCACCCACGCAGGAGGAGAAGGAUGAGUGGAUCAAAUCCAUCAAGGCCGCUGUGAGUGUAGAUCCUUUUUACGAGAUGUUGGCCGCGCGCAAGAAGCGGAUCUCGGUGAAGCAGAAACAGGAGCAGGCGUGAGGUGGGGCCUCCGCUCCCGUGCCUACCUUUUUCUCUUCAUGGUGUACCUCGCCUUUGGACCUGCUGACAAACCCACCUGUUUUGAGCUCCAUGAAACCCACCACCCCCUUCCCUCUUUGGAUCGAGGAACCACCGUACAACUCUGCCAGCCUGACAGAAUGCCAGCACACACCUCGACGCCCCCUCUGCAUCUCCAGAGCUUCCCUUUUGGCCUUCUGGGAUUUGCCAGUGGGCAUCACCUUGGGAACUGUUGCACCGUGGUUUCCACAGAGUACGGAGGCGUCGUUCCCGUUCUGGGACAUUUUCCCCUUCGCCUCCCAACACACUCAGGCAGAAGACUUUGAAGGCCCUCUGCCUCCUCCAGCUUGACUAUGAGGGCUACAAACUUGGGAAUGUUCCCUGCUUCAUUGGUCCUUUCCUUUCAGCCUGUUCUUGCUCCUCUGAGCCAGUCUACACAUUAAGAGAAAGGAUCUUGGAAAAGCCCUCCAGGGACUGUACCACUCCAGAACACUGAAGUGGAGAAGAAGGAACUGCAUGUUUGAAUAGUACUCUAUGGUUUUUUGUGGUUUUUUUAAAAAAAGGCUAGACUUUAUACCCUUCUCUGAAAGAUGCUAGCUUUCUACAAGUGGGGAGUUGUUUCUUUACUUGCGGGAGCAUUUGGUCAUCUAAUUCCUGCACCUGCAUUCUGACAUUGGUGCUGUCUUGGGAGAACUGUACCAUGUGCUUUUUCCUGAAUGUGUAGACUGGCCCUUAGACUCAAUUGCCAAAAAUUCUGCCUCUUGACAAGCUUGUACUACAAUACUUAACAUUUGCUCUACAGAAGGAAGUGAACAUACUGACAACCAGCAGGAGGCAGCAGAGAGCCAAGCAGCCCUGUGAGCACACUGACAAAAUGUUCACCAUUCUUCCUCCAGCAGGAAUAGCCAGCAGAUAUGCGCAACUGACAGUUCUGAUUCUUCGCAUCCCGAAGCAGGAUCACCAGCCCCUUUGUCCCUCUUCCUGCUAUCUCGGAGAAAUUUACUGCUCCCCACCCAACCACCCCCAUCCCUGCAGAUUCAACAGAACAUCAUCUCUGAAACUGAUACUGUUUUCCCCAAUACCCUCCUUUUCUACUUGAGGACUGCCUUCAGGAAUGCUGGGGCUUAUGCCUAUAGUCCAGAGAUCUUGUUCCCAUUAAUUAACAGAGAAAUCUGGUAAUGAACGUUGGCUUUAUACUUGGGUAACACAGGUUAGGAUAUACCCCUGUUUCUCUAAUACCUGGGGGUGGAUGAGACCAGAGUUAUACCUGGAGGGAACUUAGAAGCAUCUCUUCUCCCCUAUAUUUUCUUUCAAGAUGCUUUUUUUUUUUUUUUUUUGGUCAUGGUUGUUUCUCAUGACCAAUCUAAUACGGGUUCUGCAGGAAUCUAGAGAUCCCCAUGUCAUGCGCAACCCCAUAGAGCAAUCUUGGGAAUUCAGGCAUUUUCCUUGAUCCCCACUUGGCAACAUGCCAAAUCUACGUGAAGCCCACAUUGUCAAGCCAACUUCAGAGCCAUGAUUACCAAUGUGGGUUUGGCACGUUGCUAAGCGGGGAUCGUGGGAAAUGGGGGCAUUCUCACGAUUGCUCUGUGGGAGCACAUGCACUGCGGGGAUCCCUAGAUCCCUGCAGAGCCCACGUUAGAUUAAUCAUGAGAACCAGCCCUCGGAAAAUUGGGUGUCUAUCUUAAUAUGAACCCAGAUGAGUUACCCCAGAACAUCCUUUGACCACUCUUGUGGCUUGACAGUCAGGAUGGUUAAAGGGUGUUUGUAGUAAACAUUGAGACCAUAUGAAACCGAGAGUUGGUGGUUACAGAUUAGUUAACCCAAAGUGAAAAAGAGUCACCUUGUGGAUGUGUUUUAUCAUUCUGAAUUCAUCGCUCUAAAUUCUUGGGUGGGAUUUUGUACCCCCACAUCUCACAACUGUAUCUUAAAAUCUAGUCUUCCACCGUAGCCUUGCCUUAGUGGGAUCCCUUUGAUACAGCAGCUCAGGUUUCUGCAAGGCGUAUCCCAGUCCUGGAGCAGAUGUUGCUAGACCCACACAUCAGCCGUUUGUAGCAAAGCCCAGUCUUUGUGAAGGAGGUAAACUGUGGUGUAGACGUGCUGAUUAGCUUGAAAAUCUCGUUGAUGUAGCAGAAUUGCAGCUCAUGCCAUGUGUGCUUCUGCCUGAUCAGUAUCCCCUUCUCGUGGUGGGGGCGGGGGUGGGGCCUGCAGCUUAGAGGACUGGCCACGUCAAAUUAAUUGAAACUUGGAAAUUGGUAGAUCUGGAUCCGGGUCUCACUAUCAGUGAGACCCACUUUGUAAAGGUAAGCGGGGAGAGUGGGCUAAGCUUACUCUCUCUGCAGACGAGCAGGGCGGCCGCCCACAUGACUGCUGACUCCAUGACAGAGCUGGUGGGGGCUGGGAAGAUCGGGGGCCGUGUGCUCCUCGGCAGCUCCAGUAUGCCCUGUGCGAGCGCGCAGGGCAUACUGGAGAGACUCCCGAGCUGGGAGGCUGCUUUUAAGCCUCCCGGUCGGGGGUCUUCUCGUGAGUAGUUACAGUGCUCCGCAAACCCGGUUUAAGGGGAGGGGUAGUUUGGCCGGUUAACCUCCAGGAAGCCACCGGGCUCACCUGCAAGCCCAGUUGUUCCCACGAUCAGGCGAAAUCGGGCUAGGCUCCCCAGCCCGAUUUUGCCUGAUCAUGGGAAUAGCCCCCUGGUUUUAUGUCACAUUUGUCAUCCUGAGUUUAGAAGGGCUGUGAUUUUAUCCCAGUCAAAUUAGAUGCUGCUCCUUGUUCCAUAGGGAAGAGGAGAAGGCUGAGCAAUUGGAGGAACUAAAGAAAGCAAAUAAUUUGGUAUCAGUUUGAGAGAGAGAGAGAGCUGCCACAUUUCAGUGUAAAUGUUUUUAAAUGGCUGAGCUAAAUCGGAGCGGGAAUUUUGAAUUGUGCUUUCUGAAAGCAGUUCAAAAGAGUUGGCAACCUGAGUGUCUUUGUUGCCUCUCUUCACCUUAUGAGAAAAUAUGCUAAUUUAAUUAUUAACCUGCUCAAGAAAACCAAGGGUUUUCCCCUUUCCCACUUUAAAUUAUUUCAUUAGCCUGCCCAAAAAGCUCAUGGAAAUACUCAUCCCUUUGGAAUGCACCUGUCCUCUUUGUCACAUGGCAUCUAGGCCACCAGGCUGUAUCCUACAAUAGGCCAUGCCCUUCCUGUGCGGUACACACAGGCCUUUUAGACUCUACCUCCCAGAGAGUCUCUCAGCAGCCCUCUUCACAAGCCUCACAAGGGCUUGCUCUCCUCCAGAAAGGCCUAAAUCCUCACAGCCCCUCUUCUAUACAACUGGAAUCCCAUUCCAGAUUCUUGGUUCAUGCCCCAUUUUUAAAUUCGUGUGUGUAAAUAAAACUUUUAUAGCACUUGACAAGGAAUUUUCAACUCAGUAGCUGUGGAGAACUCCUUUGAAACAGCCGGGACUGAGACAUUUGAAUCAUGGGGCUAUUGGGAGAAUCCUUCCAUUCAGGAUGAAUUCUGUGUUCUUCAGCAAUAUCCCUGAUCAACCCUACUCCCUUCCUAACCAUUGUGGAAUUGUAUACUUUCUUUUCUUUUUUUAGGGGUGUAGCAAACACCUACCUGCUCCAGGAGAAGAAAUUCAGGGGCAUUUAUUUUGUUUUUACAUUCAUUUCUUUUUAUUAUUGUCUUUUUUUUAAAAAAUGUUAAUUAUUAUUUAAGGAAUUAAUGUAUGCAUUUCUGGAUGAAAUAUAAACACUACAAACUUGUCUUUA